GGUCUCACAGGACCAUGGCGCUGCUCUGGGAACCUGCAGGAGCCUGGUUAGCCCUGGCCUUGGCCCUUGCCCUGAACCCGAGCCGGGUGGCGGUGCCAUGGCAGGACUGCACAGGUGUGGAGUGCCCACCGCUGGAGAACUGCAUCGAGGAGGCGCUGGAGCCUGGCGCCUGCUGUGCCACGUGCGUGCAGCAGGGCUGCGCCUGUGAGGGCUACCAGUACUACGACUGUGUGCAGGGUGGCUUCGUGGAUGGCCGUGUGCCCGCUGGCCAGUCCUACUUUGUAGACUUCGGUAGCACCGAGUGCUCCUGCCCACCGACUGGUGGCAAGAUCAGCUGCCAAUUCAUGCUCUGCCCAGAGCUGCCACCCAACUGCAUCGAAGCCGUGGUGGCGGCCGACAGCUGCCCACAGUGUGGUCAGCUGGGCUGUGUCCACACUGGCCGCAAGUAUGCCGCCGGCCACACCGUGCACCUUUCACCCUGCCGGGCCUGCCACUGCCCUGACGCUGGUGGUGAACUCAUCUGCUACCAGCUCCCUGGUUGCCCUGGGAACUUCUCAGACACCGAGGAGGGUGACCCUGAGCGACACUAUGAAGACCCUUACAGCUAUGACCAAGAGGUGGCUGAGGCAGAAGCAGCGGUGGCCCUGGCUGGCGAGGUCCAGGCGGGUGUAGGGGGCCCCCCAGCUGCUCUGGGAGGUGGGAAUCAGCCACUGUCCUCACUGCGGGCAACCCUGUGGCCAGCUGGCCUCCCCAGGCCCACGGCAGCUGCCGCCCUGGGUCCUCCAGCCCCUGUGCAGGCCAAAGCCAGAAGAGUAACAGAGGACAUUGAUGAGGAAGAGGAUGAGGAAGGGGAAGAUGAAGCAGAGGAGGUGGUAGUCACUGAGCAGCCGGCAGCAGGUGGCCCCAGGGUGCCAGAUGGGCUGCCCACCACAGCCCCUGCCCCCGUCAGACCCAGCUUUCCUGACCAGGAGAAAGGGGUAGAAGCCAAGGCAGGGCCAGAGGAAAACCUUAUCCCAGAUGCCCAGGCCACACCUCGCAGUGCUGUGAAGGAGGGUGCUGCAUCCCUGCCAGGGUCCAGCUUGGCUGGUGUCAUCACGUCACAAGCCACACUGAGCUCUCUUGAGGUCCCUUUCAAGCUCAGUACCUCCCCCACCGUGUCCACACCACCACGUGAUGAAGUCCCAGUUGCCCCCACCGUGGAGGUGCCCAAGGAGGCGCCCGAGCAGCCACAGAUGCUGCCCCGGUCCCGGGCAGAGGAGCACAUGGACCCUAACUCUGUGCACUCUGUUCCCAGAGGCAGCCCUGAAGGCUCCACCAAGGACCUGAUCGAGACAUGCUGUGCAGCUGGACAGCAGUGGGCCAUUGACAAUGACGAAUGCCUGGAGAUUCCUGAGAGUGGGGCUGAGGGUGACAUCUGCAGGACGGCCCAGAGGCACUGCUGUGUCUCCUACCUGAAGGAGAAGAGCUGCAUGGCUGGCGUCAUGGGGGCCAAGGAGGGUGAAGCCUGUGGGACUGAAGACAGUGACACCUGCGGCGUCUCCCUGUACAAGCAAUGCUGUGACUGCUGUGGCCUGGGACUCCGCGUGCGGGCUGAGGGCCAGUCGUGCGAGUCCAACCCCAAUCUAGGUUACCCCUGCAACCAUGUCAUGCUCUCUUGCUGUGAGGGCGAAGAUCCCCUCAUUGUGCCUGAGGCCCGCCGGCCUCCAGAGCCUGAGGCUGCCCCACGGAGAGUUUCAGAGGCAGAGAUGGCAAGCCGGGAGGCUCUGUCUCUAGGCACGGAGACUGAGCUGCCCAACAGCCUGCCAGGUGACGAUCAGGAUGAGUGCCUGCUGCUCCCUGGGGAGCUGUGCCAGCACCUGUGCAUCAACACUGUGGGCUCCUACCACUGUGCCUGCUUUCCUGGCUUCUCACUGCAGGACGAUGGCCGCACCUGUCGCCCAGAUGGUAACCCCCCGCAGCCGGGCGCCGCACGGGAGCCUGCACUAAAACCUGAGCCUGCCCAAGCAUCCCCCAACACCAUCCCGCUGCCUGUGCCACAACCCAACACCUGCAAAGACAACGGACCCUGCAGGCAGGUGUGCAGCGACAUUGGAGGCUCGGCCAUGUGCUCCUGCUUUCCGGGCUAUGCCAUUAUGGCAGAUGGCGUGUCCUGUGAAGACCAAGACGAGUGCCUGAUGGGCACUCAUGAUUGUAGCCGGCGACAGUUCUGUGUGAACACCCUGGGAUCCUUCUACUGUGUCAACCACACAGUGCUCUGUGCAGAGGGCUUUAUUCUCAACGCACACAGGAAGUGCGUGGACAUCAACGAGUGUGUGACGGACAUGCACACAUGCAGCCGGGGUGAGCACUGCCUGAACACAGUGGGCUCCUUCCGCUGCUAUAAGGCACUCACCUGCGAGCCAGGCUAUGUGCUCAAGGAGGGCGAAUGCACAGAUGUGGAUGAGUGUGCCAUGGGGACACACAACUGCCAGGUGGGCUUCUUGUGCCAGAACACGAAAGGCUCCUUCUACUGCCAGGCCCGGCAGCGCUGCAUGGAGGGCUUCCUGCAGGACCCAGAGGGCAACUGUGUGGACAUCAAUGAGUGCACGUCACUCUCCGAGCCAUGCCGUCCCGGCUUCAGCUGCAUCAACACAGUGGGCUCCUACACGUGCCAGAGGAACCCGCUGGCCUGCAGACGCGGAUACCAUGCUAAUGACGAUGGCUCUGAGUGUGUAGAUGUGAAUGAGUGUGAGACAGGUGUUCACCGCUGCGGAGAGGGCCAGGUGUGUCACAACCUCCCUGGCUCCUACCGCUGUGACUGCAAGGCUGGCUUCCAGAGGGAUGCCUUUGGCCGGUCCUGCAUUGACGUGAACGAGUGCUGGGCCUCGCCAGGCCGCCUGUGCCAGCACACGUGUGAGAACACGCUGGGCUCCUACCGCUGCUCCUGCGCUGCUGGCUUCCUGCUGGCCGCCGAUGGCAAGCAUUGUGAAGAUGUGAACGAGUGUGAGGCCCGGCGCUGCAGCCAGGAAUGCGCCAACAUCUAUGGCUCCUACCAGUGCUACUGCCGCCAGGGCUACCAACUGGCGGAGGACGGGCACACCUGCAAAGACAUAGAUGAGUGCGCUCAGGGUGCCAGCAUCCUCUGCACCUUCCGCUGUGUCAACGUGCCGGGGAGCUACCAGUGUGCCUGCCCAGAACAAGGCUACACCAUGAUGGCCAACGGCAGGUCCUGCAAGGACCUGGACGAGUGUGCUCUGGGCACUCACAACUGCUCCGAGGCUGAGACCUGCCACAACAUCCAGGGCAGCUUCCGCUGCCUGCGCUUCGAGUGUCCUCCAAACUAUGUCCGGGUCUCCGAAACGAAGUGCGAGCGCACCACGUGCCAGGACAUCGCGGAGUGCCAGACCUCGCCCGCACGCAUCACGCACUACCAGCUCAACUUCCAGACGGGCCUCCUGGUGCCCGCGCACAUCUUCCGCAUCGGCCCCGCGCCCGCCUUUGCCGGGGACACCAUCUCCCUGACGAUCACCAAGGGCAACGAGGAGGGCUACUUCGGCACGCGCCACCUGAACGCCUACACGGGCGUGGUGUCCCUGCAGCGGCCCGUGCUGGAGCCCCGGGACUUCGCCCUGGACGUGGAGAUGAAGCUGUGGCGCCAGGGCUCCGUCACCACCUUCCUGGCCAAGAUGUACAUCUUCUUCACCGCCUUCGCCCCGUGAAGGCGCCCUGCCCGGCCAGCGGCCCCCUCCCCGGGGUGCCCGGUGCCCACGGGGUGUGGCGUUUGUACAGCUCUAACUUAAAUUGUGCCAACUCGGUUGCUGUUGGGUUCGAGCCCUCUUUGCCCCCCAGGAGGGAGGGUUUAGUGGGAAGCUGUUCCCACGUGGGCACUGCGCUGCCCUGGCGGUGAACGGCCAGAGGCCGGAUGGUGAUGCCCUGAAGACCAGAAACAGCGACCACGUUGGGACUUCUGGAUUCGACUGGAUGACCCCUCCCUGAAGCUGACAUUCCAUCCCCGUUCCACUAUGAUUCGUUCUUCAAUUAAAAAAAAAUCAUUUUUAAAGUUUUUUGUUUAAUUAUAAGAGUAGCAAUGUACAUUGUUAAGAGCAAAGCAGAUCAAA